GUCGAAUUCCGCGGUCGGCGCUGCGAGGGCGACGUAGGUAUCUUUACCAUCCUGCCUGAGCAGAAGACGGUGCACUAUCAGCGGCGACACUCCGUUUUUGCCCAGCAGGUGCCAGAAGAGUUAGAUUGGCAAGCCCUGGUCUCUGACGCCUCCUGGCUUCACUUGACUGGUAUCACUCCGCUUGUCAGUGCAGCAGCUCGCCAGAGUUGGGCCAGCGCGGCUCACGUGGCAGAGCAGCGUGGCGUGCCGAUUUCUCUGGAUCUCAACCAUCGCCCACAGCUGGGCACCUUGCAGGAGCUGUGGGACGUCGUUUCGCCCUUCUGCCACUUGCUGGAGGUCCUUAUCCUCUCUGUAGAUCAGCUGCAUGGGCUGGCUGACAGAAAUCUGAAGGACUACCGGCGCGAGGAUGCCGACGAGCACUAUGCCUCUUGCUCAGAUUUUCAUUCGGGAGACUCGGAGAUACUGCAGACCCCUCGUUUGAAAAUAUAA